AUGCAACAGCUGUGUCUUGGCGCGGCCCAUUCUGGAAUUUGCCUUCAGAAUUUUAUGAUCGAAAUUUCCAUCCUCGGCGCAACAAUUCUUCCUCCGUCUUCUAUCCAGCUCCCCUCCCACCGUUCCUUCCCCUCCAUCUGCGUAACAUCAACCGACAACAGACGAUACCCACAAAGCCGCACUCAGCUUUAUCAAAACCUAUCUUCUACGUCCUUCGCAAUGGAUCACACAAGAGACCCGUGCCCUUGGGUUAUCUUCAAUGAUUUUGGUGGUGCUUUCUCCAUGGGUGCUAUUGGAGGCGCAGUAUGGCACGGUGUAAAAGGUUUCCGUAACUCGCCGAUGGGCGAACGACGAAUCGGUGCCAUAACAGCAAUCAAGGCUCGUGCCCCGGUAUUAGGCGGAAACUUCGGUGUCUGGGGUGGUCUUUUCGGUACAUUCGAUUGCGCCGUCAAGGGAAUCCGCAAGAAGGAAGAUCCGUACAAUGCCAUUAUUGCUGGCUUUUUCACCGGUGGUGCUUUAGCUAUUCGUGGAGGUUACAAGAGUGCUAGAAAUUCGGCUAUUGGUUGUGCUAUUCUACUGGCCGUUAUUGAAGGUGUCGGUAUUGGACUUGGACGACUUUUGACCCCACCACCACUACCACAACAAAUGGAACAACAAGGAUCGCUGGCUUAA